CAACUCAUCAAGAAAAAUGAAGUACUUUUCAUUAUCUUCAUCAUUUGCCAGAAUUAUCAUCGUUCUUUAUUCAAUUUCGUUAGCAAAUUCAGCGCACACUCAUGAAGACUUUCUUCAAUGCCUCACCACUCGUAUAUCCGAGAAAUCUACCAACACUUCUAAAACCUUUACCUACAUCACUCCAAAUAAUCCAUCGUAUUCCACUACAUUGAAUUCAUCCAUACAAAACAAACGUUUUUCUUCUCCUUCGACCCCAAAACCAUUUGCCAUUAUCACUCCAUUUCAUUUCUCCCACGUUCAAGCUACUGUUUUUUGCUCCAAGAAACAUAGCAUUCAAAUUAGAACCCGAAGUGGUGGCCAUGAUUAUGAGGGUCUUUCUUAUGUGUCCAGUGUCUCGUUUGUCCUAAUUGACUUGAGAAAUUUAAGUUCAAUUAGUAUAGACGUCGAGAGCAAAUCUGCAUGGGUUCAAGCUGGAGCUACACUGGGUGAGCUUUAUUAUAAGAUUGGUGAGAAAAGUGAAAAUCUUGCCUUCCCUGCUGGUGAUUGCCAUUCUGUAGGUGUUGGUGGACAUAUCAGCGGAGGAGGCUACGGUUACUUAACUCGAAAAUAUGGCCUCUCGGCUGAUAAUGUUCUUGACGCGAAAUUAAUCGAUGCUAAAGGAAGAAUUCUUGAUCGGAAAUCUAUGGGUGAAGAUUUGUUUUGGGCCAUACGUGGUGGUGGAGCAGCGAGCUUUGGAAUCGUUCUUGCAUGGAAACUUCAACUAGUUCUUGUGCCAUCGACAGUGACUGUGUUUGAUGUUAAGCGGAAUAUGAACGAUGCUGCAACAAAGAAGUUCGUUCAUCAGUGGCAAAGGCGUGCAGACAAAAUCGAUGAGCAUCUGUCAAUCUACAUCACAUUCAGAACUGCGAGUUCUACUGAUAAAGAAGGGAAUAAAACAAUUAUACUAGAAGCUUUCCCCCGAGGGACAUUCCAUGGCAGCGUGGAUAGGCUCCUUCAAUUAAUGCAAAAGGAGUUUCCUGAGUUAGGUUUGCUAAGAGAGGAGUGCACCGAAAUGAAAUGGGUAGAGUCCUUUCUCUAUUUCAACUUCUUCAGAAAUGGAGAAUCCUUGGAUGUUUUACUUAAUAGGAAAUCUGCUUACAAAGUCGCGUCUUUCAAGGCAAAAUCUGACCAUGUGAAAGAGCCUAUUCCAGAUGACGUGUUUGAAAGAAUGUUGGAAAAGUUAUACGAAGAAGAGGUAGGAAGUACUUCGAUUGAUGUAUUUCCUUACGGAGGAAAAAUGAAUGAGAUUUCAGAAUCCGCAAUCCCAUUCCCACACCGAGUCGGGAACCUCUACUACAUCCAUUACUUUGUGCAAUGGCAAGAAGAAGAAGUGGAUAUUACAUCACCCAACAAACAUAUAACUUGGUUAAGAAGACUUUACGAUUACAUGACUCCUUAUGUGUCUAAAAAUCCAAGGACUGCAUUUUUCAAUUUCAGAGACCUUGAUAUUGGGAUGAAUAACAACAAGGAUGGCAUCACUUAUAACAAUAUUUCUCAUGCAAGCAUUUGGGGCACCAAGUAUUUCAAGAGUAAUUUCAAUAGGUUGGUUCGUGUAAAGACUAUAGUUGAUCCAACUAAUUUCUUUACAAACGAACAAAGCAUCCCACCUCUUUUUGUGUAAUAAAAAUGUGAUAAGUGAUCCUUGGGGUUAGAAUAAACAAUUGUCAUUAGCUUUUCUAUUUUCUGCGUUUUAAAUAAAUGUUUUUUGCGACUGUAUCAUAUGUAUUCUUAUAGUUUAGAAAUUAAUACAAAUAA